CAUAUGUUUGACAGAAUGAACUCCGCAGCAGAAAUAAGGCCUUAAAGACAUCAUUCCGUGUACCAUACAUCACUAUCGAGAAAAUUACUCUAAAACCGGUCUCAGUCUAAAAUUCAAGAACCUUGAAAAAUCCUCCGUCUACAUCCUCGCGAUUGAUAACUGCUGAAUCGUCGAACUCAAAUAGUAUUCGAGUUUCCCAUAAGAAGAAAAACGCAUCGUUGGGCAAUCUAUUCGCGCUUCUGCUUCGUUACGAGACUGCUGGAAACGGACCAAAGUAAACGCGGUUAUCAGGAGAAAASAACACAAUGGGAAAAGCAAAACAGACAAGAAAGUUCGCCGUUGCGAAACGGAUGAUGUCGCCGAACGACACACGCGUCCGGAAGAAUAUGGAAGASGCGAAGGCAAAGAAAUUGGCAAAAGAAAAGAAGGAAAAAGAGCCCCGGCACAUCGAACAAGCCAAUACGUCGUUGUUUUUUCAGUAUAACGAGCAACUCGGACCCCCGUACCAUGUUCUUGUGGAUACCAAUUUUAUCAACUUUAGUAUUCGGUGAGCACUGACUGUUUGACACAUACCUAACAAAACGUCAAAUGUGGUGUUAUUAUAAUGUUUUGCGCUAUGGAAUAGUUUGCGAUAUGAUUCGGUAAGGAAAACUCACAAAUUUCUUUCUUGCCMUAGUAAAAAGCUCGACAUGRUCCGAGCCAUGAUGGACUGUUUGUUGGCCAAAUGCAUCCCCUGCAUCACGGAUUGCGUCAUGGCAGAACUCGAAAAACUGGGUGGCAAGUACAAAAUCGCAUUGCGCCUUGCAAAGGAUCCUCGCUUCGAACGGGUUCCCUGCAAUUGCGCCAAGAAGGGGUAYGCAGACGACUGUUUGACGAAYAUGGCGUCGCAGUGGAAAUGUUUCAUCGUCGCGACGUGUGAUAAGGAAUUGCGUGGGAGGAUCCGCAAAAUACCCGGUGUCCCUUGCAUGUACAUUAGUGGAUAUAAAUACACAGUAGAACGCAUGCCAGAGGCAUUUGGAGCUGCGAGGUAGUAUAUGCCAGCGCAAUAAAUAUAGUACAAGCAUCGUCAAAAUGGGAUCAAUUAUGACAAAUCUUACUUGAUUUGACUUUGAAGUCUACGACGAAAGAACAAUAGAAUAAGGGUAKAUUACAUGCAAUGACCAUCUCGAAUACCUCACUGGCAAAGAAUCCAAUUGAAUCGAUCAACAAUCUGUGUGACAUUUUAUGUUGCUGCAAACUACAACAAAUUGUUCUCAUUUGC